AUGGAGGAGGAGGCUGCGAGGAAGAGGAAGAUGCCGCGGGCCCCCCAGGCAGGCCCCGAGCUGAAAACAGAGAGCCCGGAGGACAAAUCCCCCCGGCGGACCCUGGUGGGAGAGGCCGUUUUGAAGGGCUCCACGGUGCAGGAAGGCAGCGGGGAGGAAAAGGGCUGGAGAUCUCCCCGCAGGAGGGGCUCCAAAGCCAGCCCAGGGUGCUCUGAGGAGGAAAGACCCAGCCUGUGCCCGGAAGGCGGCCAGAGCUUGAGACGGACCUCCAACCUGGCGGUCCCUGAGCAGCCUCCCAGCAGGGAGAAACCCUUCGAGUGCUUGGAAUGUGGGAAGAGCUUCAGGAAGAGCUUCAACCUCCUCACCCACCAGCGCAUCCACACUGGGGGACGACCCUACAAGUGCUUGGAAUGUGGUAAGAGGUUUAAGACCAGUGCACAUCUCGUCAUGCAUGAGCAGACGCACAAGGAUGAGAGGCCCUUCCGCUGCACCGACUGCCGGAAUGGCUUCAAGCAGAACUCCACCCUCGUCAGGCACUGGCGCAUCCACACUGGGGAGAGGCCCUACAAGUGUGGGGAGUGUGGGAAGGGCUUCAGGAAGAGCUCUGACCUGAUCCAACACCAGCACAUCCACACUGGGGAACGGCCCUACUCGUGUGGGGAAUGUGGGAAGAGCUUCAAGCUUCACUCCCACCUCCUCAUCCACCAGCGCAUCCACACUGGGGAACGGCCCUACAAGUGCUUGGAAUGUGGGAAGAGGUUUCAGACCAGCUCACAUCUCCUCCUGCACCAGCGGACGCACACAGAUCAGAGGCCCUUCCGCUGCACCGACUGCGGGAAGGGCUUCAACCGGAACUCCACCCUCGUCAGGCGCCGGCGCAUCCACACUGGGGAGAGGCUCUACAAGUGUGGGGAGUGUGGGAAGAACUUCCUCAGGAGCUCUAACUUGACCUCACACCAACAGACCCACAAGUAA